AAGAACUACAGCCACCCCUGGCGCGACAGCAGCCCCUCCCUUCGCACUGCAUUCUGGGGAAUGUGGUUUGCUGUGCUCCUGAGGCUCCUCCGGACAACUACCGCCCAGGGAAGAAGCAUUCGUUUAGUUUCAUCAGGCUUGGAGGCCUCAGGAGGUGUUCUCUGGAGGGGCUUAGCUGCUGCCAGGGUUGCUUUUCCUGGUGCGUUUGUUGCUAGUUCCCCUUUCUGGGGUCCUGAGUGCUGAGGGAAGAGGAAGAUGGUUUUUACUUUUGCUUGGGGAUCCGGAAGACUGUAGUCGCGGAACACACCGCAGGCUCGUGAAGGUAGUUGGAGUCCCCUAGAAAUGGAUAAAUUCGUUAUUCGAACGCCUAGGCCUCAGAGUAGUCCUCAGAAGAAAGAUCCUGGAAGAAAGAUUUACAAGCAGGCCACGAUUGAAUCUCUGAAGAGAGUUGUGGUUGUAGAAGACAUAAAAAGAUGGAAAACUAUGUUGGAGCUUCCUGAUCAAACCAAAGAGAAUCUAGUUGAAACCUUACAAGAAUUAAAGAAGAAAAUACCCUCCAGGGAAGUUUUAAAAUCAACAAGGAUAGGUCACACUGUGAAUAAGAUGCGUCAACACUCAGACCCAGAAGUGGCGUGUCUUGCCAGAGAAGUUUACACUGAGUGGAGAACUUUCAUGGAGAAACACACGGAUAGACCUUCUAUCGAAGUCCGAAGUGAUUCCAAAACUGAGACAUUUAGGAAAAAUGCCCAGAAACUACUCUCAGAAGUGUUGGAAUUGGAGAUGGAUCACCUACUGGUUGAAAAUAUUGAGCGAGAAACGUUUCAUCUCUGCUCCCGCCUCAUUAAUGGGCCGUACAGGCGGACGGUGAGAGCCCUGGUCUUCACAUUAAAGCACCGAGCUGAAAUCCGGGCUCAGGUGAAGAGCGGCGCGCUGCCAGUCGGCGCGUUUGUACAGACCCACAGAAAAUGACCUGAGGACGGUUCUAACCCCGGGCUCGGCAGAAAAGAAAAUGGGCCCCUCUCUGCCAUUCAAAGACUCUUUUGAGUUUGGGUGAUGGCUGAUGCUGGCUGUGCUGAAUUUUCCCAUGGUGCCAUUCCUUCAGACAGAGGAUGCAGAGAGCCCUGGGAGACAGGCCUGCAGGAAAUGCUUCAUUAGCUGGAGCACGCCGGUGCUGCCUAACAGGACGUGCGCUGGCUGUCACUAGGAAGCCAGUGCUGUGUGGUUGCCAUCACCCAACACAGCAAAAGGUGACGGAUUUUACUGUGAGUAUGCCAAGGACACCUCUAAACUUUCCCCACGUCAGGCAGAUGAAGUUACUGCUUUAUUUCGCCACCCCGCAGGUAACUGAAACUCAAUUACUGCUGCCGCUCACUUGGUCCCGUCCCCCUGAGUUUAGAUAGCGCUGGUGCCUCUCAGAACUCCCCUGUCUGUUCUCCUUGCUCUACCCCAGGGGUGAGCCUGCCGCCGCCAGCCAGCUACCCCUUCUUUCCAGAACUCGCUUAUCUGAACAUCUCAGCUCUCCCCGGAAAACCUUCGGUGGGGUCUCCGGAGCCCCCAUGCUGAGGCUCCUAAUGAAGAACUGACUUGAAGCAUCUCCACACCUUGGGGUUUGUUUGAAUACGUUGACUCUCUCGGUUCAGGGCUCGGUGGAAGAUACAUAAUGAAAUUCCUUUUGAAAUGAACUACUGUAGUAGAAAUAUUACAUACAUAUGUAUUUUAAAAUGAAAUAUAUAUAGUUCUGCUUGAACAAUUAUGUAAAUGAUAUUUGCUUUUUUUUAAAGUAAUAAUAAACUGGGACUUGUUUCUUCCCUAAAACAAAAGAUAUGGCUUGUUCAUUG